UAGGCAGAGCAGCUACCGUGCAACGUCGGCCACCGGCAUAUACCAUCGCGCUGAGCUCGCGUCGCGCCAACCACCCUAUAAAAUCCUUCGGCGCCGCUACCGCCCGCGGUCUACUCCCCCGUCGCAGGCGAGCACACAAAAAAGAACGCAACACACGCGCGUGCGCCGCGGGCGGUGGCAGGCAGCCAGGUACAUAUGGGCAACUGCCAGGCGGCGGAGGCGGCGACGGUGCUGAUCCAGCACCCGGGCGGCGGCCGCACGGAGCGCGCCUACUGGGCGCUGUCCGCUGGCGCCGUCAUGGCGGCCAACCCGGGCCACUACGUCGCGGCCGUCAUCGCCUCCUCCACGCCCGCCCCCGCUGCGGGCGCCUCAUCCGGUGCCAUCGCCGCGCCAGUGAAGCACCUCAAGCUGCUCCGCCCCGACGACACGCUCCUGCUCGGCCGCGUCUACCGCCUCGUCAGCUUUGAAGAGGUGCUGAGGGAGUUCGCGUCGAAGCGGCAUGCCAGGCUGAGCCGCGUCACGAUCAAGGCCAAGGAGGAAGACGAGGAGGUGAAGCCAGCAAAGCCUCGCCGCCGGCGUGCCAGUGGCGGCGAGCGUAAAGAACCCGACCGGUCACUCGCAAAGGUCAUGCGCCAGACGGAAGAACCGGAGCCAACCCCGUCGUCCGGUCCCAUCGCUAGACGCGGCCACGCCGACGCGCCGUCCGACCUGGAGGCGCUGCUGCCGCACGGGAUGCGUGCCGGCCGGCAAUGGAGGCCCGCGCUGCAGAGCAUUGCCGAAGGGUGAGCUUUCCAUGCCAGCUCAAGCGUUCGGUUCCGGUCGGCGAGCAACCGAGCACAGUGCAAGUCAAUGCAGGCAGCAGCUACUGCUUUGCAAAAUUGCAACUUGCUAGGAUGACGGCGUAUUGUAAAAUAAGUUAAUUGUAGUAUCGCCCUGCGUAGAUGCCCUACAGAUGCCUGGUAGUAGUAGUUGGCCAGUAGCAGUUCUAUGGAUUGAUUAUGCUUGUAAUGUAAGGUGGCACAUCAGUAUACAGUAUCGCAUAAAAUCCUUGUCUAGUUCGAGAGCCUAAUCAUGGACACAGGACAACAUUGUGGUUCGAUUUGAUACGGCAUUAGCAGAUUUUUUCAUCAUAAUUAAGCACAUGCAGUAGUCGUCCA